UCUCAGCAAACAUGUUCGGCGCGUUCCGUCCCUCCUCGGUUUCGAUGGGCGGCUUGUUGUGGAAAUCGCCCUUCCGCCUCUCGUCAACGCGCAAGGCCAACCUCCGCAAACGCCUCGCGCGGGUCGACGACGUUAUUUCCGCCGUCGCCGCGUCGGGGGUGCAGACUAAGAGCCUGGAGCGGGCGCUGGAGCUUCCCAAGGCCAGCGAGAUGCCUGCGCGGGACAAGUACACCACCUUCGACCCCAAGGCCAAGGACUGGCGUAAGAGCGUGCACAAGGUGCCCAAGUGGACCAAGUUGACAUUACGCCAAAACCCCAAGGGUUUCUAGAGACAACGACACACUGCAUGGCCAUGUACAACAUCCGCUUUGGA